AUGCAACUCCCAAGUGUCCUAAGCAUCGCCCUUUUGGGAUUGGCUACACUCUCUGUAGCUCACCCAGGGGAGCAUGAGGAGCGGGAUGAGAUCGCCCUUAUCCAGAAGCGAGAGUAUCAAUCCACCGUUCGCCGAAGUCUCGAGAAGUGUGCUCGCCACCUCGAAGCUCGCGGUCACAACGACCGUGCUGAAGCUCGUCGCCGCGAAACCGUAGACAUGCUGCGUCGUGAUAUGCUUCGCAAACGUCUUACUGUCCGCGACCCCGAAACCGUGCUCAACAAGUCCCAUGAGGUGACGGACGGUAGCAUCACCAUCAACUCUCCCGAGUCCGUCAUCUUCACGGACAACUCCACCUGUGUCCUCAACCCCGAAGGUGAAGUUGGUCCCUUCUACGUCCUGGGCGAAUAUGUGCGCUCCGAUCUUCGUGAAGACCAGCCAGGUGUCGAUGUCACUUUCGACGCUCAGUUCAUUGACGUCGAAACCUGCGAGCCCGUCACCGACGUCUGGUUUGAUAUCUGGAAUUGCAACUCUACUGGUGUUUAUUCUGGUGUUGUUAGCAACGGUAAUGGUAACACUGCUGAUACUUCCAACAUCAAUGCCACUUUCCUGCGCGGAAUUCAGAAGACCGAUGAUGAUGGUGUAGUCCAGUUCCAGACAAUUUUCCCUGGUCACUACUCUGGACGUGCUACCCACCACCACGUCGUCGCCCACGUUGGCAACGUCACCCAGCUAGCCAACAACACUAUCACCGGAGGCACAGUCGCGCACAUCGGUCAGCUCUUCUGGGACCAGGACUUGAUCACUGAAGUCGAGGCCACAAGCCCAUACAACACCAACACUAUCGCCAUUACCACUAACGCUGAGGACCGUGUCUUUAAUGAUGAGACCGAAGACACCACCUCCGACCCUGUCAUCAACUACGUUAAAAUUGGAGAUGAUGUUACGGAUGGGCUCUUCGGCUGGAUUACCGUUGCCAUCAAUACUUCGGCUACCUACACCCCGACUUACAGCUUUGCCUUGACUUCUUCUGGUGGUGUGGCUGAGUCUGGUGGUGACAGCAGCUCUGGAGGUGGUGCCCCUGGUGGUACCCCUGGUGGUAGCGGUGUCCCAAGUGGUAGUGCUGCGCCUACUGGAUUCUAG